GAGACAGAAGAAGACGGCCUCGCAUGCCGUGACGGAGCUGGAGAACACUGAGGAUUGCAGCCCGGCAGGGAAGCCUCUCUUCUGCCCUUCCCAUCCCACAGAGGAGCUAAGGCUGUUCUGCGAGCAGUGUGACCAGCCUGUGUGCCACGACUGCGUUGCAGGCAGGCACCGGCAGCACCCCUAUGACUUUACCGGCAAUGUCAUCCACAGGCAUGGGGAUGCCCUGCGGGAGCUGCUGAAAAGCACCCAGCAGCACACGGGAGCCCUCGAGGAUGUGCUGAGCCAGAUUGAUGACAUGGGCAGUGCUGUCCGCAGUCGCGCAGAGGCUGUGGCCACAGAGAUCUGUCUGUUUGCCAGUGGGUAUGUGAAAGCAAUUGAAGAACACCGGGACCGGUUGCUGAAGCAGCUGGAGAACUUGAAGGUGCAGAAGGAAAACCUACUGCACUUGCAGAAGGCUCAGCUGCAGCAGCUGCUGCUGGACAUGAGGACAGGCGUGGAGUUCACAGAGCGCUUGCUGACAAGCGGCUCGGACCUGGAGAUCCUCAUCACCAAAGGCGUGGUGGCGAGCCGGCUGGCAAAGCUGAACAGCAUUGCUUACAACACCCACCCCAGCGUGGACGAUGGGAUCCAGUUCUCUCCCCGUGAGAAGGCAGGGCAGUGUUGCGGCUAUGAAGUUUUUGGGGCCAUUCUCAAUAAAGUGGUUGAUCCAGCCAGAUGUACCCUGCAUGGGGAAGAUCUCCACAGUGUGCGUCAGAACCAGCUGACUGGCUUUACCCUGCUCUGCAAUGACACCACGGGGGAGCGGAUGGGACGAGGAGGAGAGGCCGUGUGGGUCACCAUCACCCACAAGGACAAGAGAGACUGCGCAAUCAAGCCAACAGUGUGUGAUAACGCUGAUGGGACCUACCAUAUUUCCUACAGCCCUGAGGAGCCAGGCUUGUAUACUGUCUGCGUCUAUGUGAAAGGGCAGCAUGUACAGGGCUCUCCGUUCACUCUGAUGGUGAAAAACAAGUUCCUUGAGCACCAAGGAGUGUUUCACUGCUGCACCUUCUGCUCAAGCGGAGGGCAGAAGGCUGCUCGCUGUGCCUGUGGGGGGACCAUGCCAGGUGGGUACCAAGGCUGUGGCCACGGACACAAAGGUCACCCUGGCUGCCCACACUGGUCGUGCUGUGGACAAGUGAAGAAGAGCUCGGAGUGUUUGGGAGGGCCUCCCAGCAACACCCCACAGAGGAGUUUCCUCAGGACAGUGGUGCUGUGAGCAGCCAGGUGAGCCCCUGUAAGCCCAGGGCACUGCUACUGGCUGCUGCAUGAGCACAGACCACGAGGAUCCCCA